CGGGGUUGGAGCUGACGUUGCAUGCGUGAAUCAACCUGGUCCUACUGGCGCAAGACCCUUCGUCUUCCACUAUUCCACCGUAAACAACCCUUUCCCAAUUGCCCAACAACCCCAUAACCCACAUCCACCCAUCAUGGCCACCGUCGACCCAGCCUCCAUGCUCGUAUCCGCGGCCAUCCCAGCCUUCAAAUGUCCUCCAGGCACAAAGAUGUACAUUCUCGAUCUGGGGACCCUCCAAAUCGACGAGUCCUGGAUCCUCCGAGGCGCCAACGCCAGCACCCUUAGCAACCCCAGCCCCGUCCACCAACGUCGGGACAUGAUCCUCAUCUCCGCGUUGAUCGAUUACCCAGGCGUCGGUCCCAUUCUCUUCGAAACCGGUUGUGCGGAGGAUCUGGACGUGAAAUGGGGCGCCCCCAUAACCGACAUCUUCCCACGCACCGUAUACACCGAGCAAAACAAACUCCCCGCCGCCAUCGCCGCAACCGGACACAACAUCAAAGACAUCAAAGCCAUCAUCCUGGGCCACCUCCACCUCGACCACGCGGGCGGGCUCGAACACUUCAUCGACACGAACAUCCCGAUCUACGUACACGAAGACGAAUUCAAGCACGCCUGCUGGGCCGUCGCCACGGGCGCCGAUCUAGGCGUGUACCUGGGCCACUACAUGCUUCUGGAAAGGCUCAACUGGGUGACGUUCCCGGACGAGCGACUGGAUCUGUACCAGGGGAUCACGCUGCAUCAUUGCCCGGGCCAUACACCGGGGCUGUGCGUGAUGCAGGUGAAUCUGCACCGCGAUGAGACGUUUAUUUGGACGACGGAUCAGUUUCAUGUCAGAGAGAAUUAUGAGCUGGGGCAUCCGCAGGGCGGGUUGGCGAGGGAUCAUAAUGCUUGGUAUCGUAGUUUGGGGCUCGUGAGGAGGUUGCAGACCUUGUUUGGGGCUAGGUUGGUGUUUGGGCAUGAUAUGCAGGUCGCGAGGGCGUUGAUGGCCGAGAAGGAGGUUUUUGAGUAGAGGAGAGUAGGGGGUUUGGUGAACUGAUGAUGGGAAUAUACUAUCAAUUGC